AAAUUCUCACAUUCGUUCAUUUUGCUACGGCUAGAGAUAUAGAUGGCAUCGUCUAAACAACAUUCAGAACAGUGAUGUGUGUGUGAAUUGCAUAAGCAUUCUCCCAGUCAAUGCAAAUUGGCUAUUAAAAGUCUCUCUAAACCGCGGGAGUCAGCAAUUUCUCCACACAUGGAGGCAAAACCUGCCAGACAUGCUGUUGACUCAAAGCCGGUCUAAGUUGACAGUUAGUUGCCGCUAGUUAGCUGCCAAAUCUCUGCUUGUGAAAUGGUUCGCCGAGUCAUAGGUUGGUGGAUUCCGGAAGGCCUUUGCCCUUUCUUUCGAAUGAGAGCUCGGCAGCUAUUCUUGGUAGUCUCACUGCACGAGGUGGAGUCGGAGAUCCCUCUCUGUAUGUCAUGGAGAACCCUCACCCUCCCACCUCCUCUGCUCAUCCUCACGUCUUGGUCAUCCCCUAUCCGGCUCAGGGCCAUAUGAUCUCUUUGCUCGACCUCACCUACCUCCUCGCCACUCGCGGCCUCUCCCUCACCGUCGUCGUGACGCCGGCCAACCUCCCCAACCUCGACUCUCUUCUGCACCGCUCCACCGCCGAGGCCCUCUCCGUCCAACCCCUCGUCCUUCCCUUUCCGACCUCCCCCACGCUUCCUCCGGGCGUGGAGAACGCCCAACACCUCGCUUUCCCAUACUAUCCCCACCUGAUUCAGGCCCUCUCUGCCUUGUGGGAACCAAUUGAACUGUGGUUCCGAGCCCACCCAUCACCUCCGGUAGCCAUCAUCUCCGAUUUCUUCGCCGGCUGGACCCAACACUUGGCUCGUUCGCUCGGCAUUCGUCGAAUCGCCUUCUACUCCACCCGUGCCCUCGUCGUCUCCGCCUUCCACUCCGUCUGGACUCACCUCCCCCAGCGUCCCGCAGAUCGGUCCUCCGAUGACUCCUUCCCCAUCCAGCUUACGGAUGUCCCUGGUUCGCCCACCCUCUCUUGGAUCCACCUCCCACAAAUUUAUCGUAGAUACCAAAUCUCUGAACCCGUGUCUGAAUUUCUGCACGACUCUUUCGUCGCCAAUGAAUCCAGCUGGGGCAGUGUGAUCAACUCGUUCAGGGGCCUGGAGGCUCCAUACCUUGACCAUUUGGGGAGGGACGGGGCACGAGUUUGGGCCGUCGGCCCGAUGCUUCCAGACGCCGGCCAGGUCUCUGGCCGGGGCGGCAAGAGCUCCGUAGCGCCGGAGAGGGUGCUGGAGUGGCUAGAUUCGAAGCCCGACCGCUCUGUGGUCUACGUGUGCUUUGGCAGCCAAGCGGUGCUCUCGAACCUCCAGAUGGAGCGCCUGGGGUCUGGGCUGGAGUCCAGCGGCGUCGACUUUUUAUGGUGCGUCAAGGGAGCCACGACCCAAGCACGGCCGGAGGAGUACGGCCAAGUACCAGCCGGGCUGGAAGAGCGAGUGCAGGAGAGGGGCCUGAUCGUGAGAGGAUGGAUCCCACAACUUUUAAUACUAAAGCACCGCUCAAUCGGCGCCUUCCUGACCCACUGCGGCUGGAACUCAACCCUAGAAGGCCUGGCGUCCGGCGUGCCGUUACUCGCCUGGCCGAUGGGUGCUGACCAAUACCUGAAUGCUCGACUAAUAGCGGAUGAGCUAGGAGUGGGGGUGAGAGUUUGUGAAGGUGGUCAGGCCGUCCCGGACCCAGCCGCAUUGGCACAGGCCGUGGUCAAGUUGGUUCGCGGUCCCAACAAGGAGCGUGCUCGCGCAGCGGAGAUGAAGAUGCGUGCCUGCCAGGCGGUCGCGGAAGGAGGCAGCUCGCUCGCUGAUGUGGAGAUGCUCGUCAAGGAACUGCGCUCCCUCUGCUCACCAGGCACGGCUGAUGAGCAGCAAGGCUGGGAGUAGGAUCACUCAUGGAGCGGGUCAGCUAGUUUGAAGAAUGUGCAUUCGGAUCAAAAUGCAAAAUUAUUGUAAAAGUAAAGGGGUCUGCAAUGACAUACCUAAUGUUUGAGUUACUGCAUUUUAUUGCCCAACUUUUGUACUUGAUUCUCAAAAGACUACGAGCUCUUCUAUGUUUAACCAUAGGAAAGUUAUGAAAAGUGAAUUACACAUAAAAAUGUGAAAUGUUUGUUCA